GUCGUCAUCUUCGUCAGCAUUGGGGUAUUUUCGCUUUUAUUUUCCCUUUUUUCCUUUUUUUUUUUGUUCUACUUAAGCCGCCUUGCUUAUAAUCCCUUCUGCGCCAGCCGUGUUUCACGCAAUUCCUGCCGGGAUAAUGCCGUGUACUCGGCGAAAAUUGGGAAUAAUUUACGGAUUAGUCAUGGACUUGGUUAAUGCGCCCAGCGAAUCGCUGCUGAGUGGACCACUGCAGAGUUGUUUACGCAUGUUUGUUGCGGUGAUUCUUAUAUUUAUUACAAUGCACGGACUUUAACAGAUGAAAUUGAGGUAAAAACAGGUUGAAGUAACUAUAACCUCUUCUUCAUAUUCAUGGCAGUUCCUAAAAAGACUUAACUCAUAAAUUGGAGAAGAAUACAGUCACCCCUGGUUGAAUCUGUCCUCACUUCCGCAUCCAAUUGGAUUUGUUUACGUUACUUUGCAUUGGAUGAGGCGCAAUUUGAUUUCGGCAAACAGCCUACGCAAAAAAAAAGUAACCCCUUGUAUUUUAUAUUAUAUAUACACAAUCCCCCGUGAUUCCAGCCAUAUUCAUUCGUUUGUCAAUGGCUUCAUUUGGCUGCCGUAAGAUAUGCGAAAUUGAUAUGAAUGACAAAAUCGAGCGGGCAAGGGUAAGGAUUCGCCCCCAUUUGCUGGUUGGGCUUCCAAGUAUCGGAUUGCUUGCGUUUGGGGGUAAUCUAGUGUGAAGUCGUUUGACUGCAUGAAUUUAAUAUGGGUUUAAACGAAGCUGGGUGUCAUUUUUCCCAUAAUUGCAAAGAAAAACAAACAAAAUAUAUUUGUUAUUUAAAAGCUUUAAAAUAGUUAUGAAACAUAAUUGAGUUCAAAACUCAAUUUGGAUCCGAUUAGCAUUCGUUUAGAAAUCAAAUGAGCUAACACCAAUCGAAAUAUCGAAUCGUUGAGCAUGAAUAAAUCAUUUAAAAAUGUGGGAAUAACAAAUACCAUUUUCCUGCCUACUCGAGAGAGAAUAACCCAUCCAAAACGAAGCCGAGCAAUCUGGAAAUGGCCGACGCCGCUGGAGUGCCGGACUCCAAAGGAGUCACUAAUCGGAAUCGCAGUGACCAGGAGGCCAAGAUGGAGCGCUACGACUCCGAUGGGCAGAUUCCCAGGUGCCGAAAGACCCGAUUCUUCGUCGUCCUGAUGCUCUUCUCGGGAAUGGCCAAUGCCUAUGUGAUGCGCACAAAUAUGUCCGUGGCGAUUGUGGCCAUGGUCAACCACACGGCAAUCUCGCAUGCCAUAUCGUCGACUCAAUCGAAGGAACGGGAUGGUGACUUCGAGUGGAGCUAUAAGCUGCAGGGCUACAUCCUCUCUAGCUUCUUCUACGGCUAUGUGAUAACCCAGAUACCCUUUGGCCUGAUGAUCAAGUACUACGGCGCUCGGCAUUUUCUCGGCUGGGGCAUGAUGAUCAACUCGUUGGCCGCCUUCUUCAUUCCGAUCUCGGCGAGAUCGGGUGGCGUCGUCGGUCUGUGUGUGGUGCGUUUUAUCCAGGGCCUUGGCGAGGGACCCAUUGUGCCCUGCUCCCACUCCCUGCUGGCCCAGUGGGUUCCUCCGGACGAGAGAUCACUGGCCGGAGCAGCGGUCUACGCGGGUGCCCAGUUCGGUACCAUAGUAUCGAUGCCAUUGAGUGGCCUACUGGCCCACUACGGUUUCGAUGGCGGCUGGCCAUCGAUCUUCUACGUCUUCGGCCUGGUCAGCACCAUCUGGUGUGUAAUCUUCAUCUGCCUGGUGCAGGAGAGUCCGGCCGUGAGCACACGCAUAUCGGAGGCAGAGAGGCGGCACAUCAUGGAGGCCAUUUGGCAGGCGCAGCCGGAGGAAAGGGGCAGGAUACCCUUUGUGGGCAUUGCCAAAUCGCCACCCUUCUAUGCCAUUCUGGUGGCCCAUGCCGGGCACAAUUAUGGCUAUGAAACGCUGAUGACCAUGCUGCCCACCUAUAUGUACAGAGUUCUCAAUGUGAACAUCCGCACAAACGGCAUAAUAUCCUCGCUGCCCUACCUGGCCAUGUGGAUUUUGGCCAUUGUAUUUGGCAUCCUGGCGGAUUGCCUCAUCCGGCGGAACUGUUCCAUCACCGUAGUCCGCAAGUUGAUGAACAGCCUGGGCCAGUACGGACCCGCCCUGGCCCUAAUCUCAGUGGGCUUUGUGCACCACAGCCUCUGGCUGACCAGCGUGAUUUUCAUCCUGGGCAUGGGACUCAACGGUGCCAUCUACUGCGGCUUCAAGAUCAAUCACCUCGACCUGUCGCCGCGCUUCGCCGGCCUGCUAAUCUCCGUAACCAAUUGCGUGGCCAACUUGGUGGGUCUGAUGGCGCCCAUGGUGGCCGGUCAUGUGAUCGACCCCAAGUCCAGCGUGGAUAACUGGAGGAUUGUGUUUAAUAUUGCUGCUGCUAUUUUUAUUUUCACCGCCAGUUUUUAUAACGUAUUUGCCAGCGGCAAGCCGCAAUGGUAAAC